AUGGAUUGGUGGUAUUUACUUAUUAGUAUUUUUUUCACUUCAGUCACAGCUAAUAUUAGUCAUGUUCAAACACUUGAUAUUCAGGAAAACGAACGUGUUCGACUUCAAUGUACAUUAACAUCAACAAAAGAUGCUGAAGAAGUUAUGUGGAUGCGCAUUCGACCGCCACAUAAUCCUGACAUACUGACUUAUCGAGAUAUUGUUGUCUAUACACCAGAUCGUAUAGGACUUGAGCAACGUCGUCUUAGUUCAAGUAUGAAUACAAAUGGAACGCUUAUUGAUACAUAUUUUUUAACAUUACUUAUUUUACGACCAACUAUUGAUGAUGAAGGAAGAUACAUUUGUUCAAGAGGUCGAACUGUUUUUGCUGAAUAUGACCUUUUUAUUAUCGUCCCAACUCAAUUUGUUGAUGAUACUAAUUUCAUUCAACAACGAACUGUUAUUGAAGGUUCAACACUUCGUCUUUCUUGUUCAGCAUUUGGUCGACCAGUACCAUCAAUAACUUGGUUUUAUAGAACAAAUACUGGUAAACUUGUUUCAUUAAGUAAUGGGACUAUUUGUCAAGCAACAAUAUGUGAACUUCAUUUGGGUAAUUAUACAAGAUAUGAUCCAAAAGUACUUGAAUGUAUUGCUGAUAAUGAAAAAUCGACUCGAAUAUCAAAAGUAUUUCAUAUUGAUGUAUAUUAUCCACCAAAAAUAACAACUAAUAUUCGAACAUUGAUAGGUUCUAGAAGUAUGGAUGUUUUUCUUGAAUGUUUAUCAGAUGCUAAUCCAAUACCAUCGAUUAUGUGGCUUGAUGAUAAUCGACAGGAAAUUUUCGAUCAUCACUUAUUUUCUAUAAAGACUACAAAUCAAUCAUCAAUAUUAUCAUUUUCAGUAUUUUCAAAUGAAUAUGCAAAUGUAUUAUAUUAUUGUCGAAGUAAUAAUUCGAUUGGAACAGUUGAAAAAUUAAUUGAUAUUUCAAAUUUUAUUCAUAUUGAUUCUAAUUCCAAUUAUAAAUCAACUACAGUACGGAUAUUAACCAUAACUUCAUCAAGAAAACAAAAAAUUGGUAAAUAA